AUGGAUUGCGGCACAGCCUCGCAUGGCGCCCUGCUCGCCGCCGCGCCGCUCGCCGGCCGGCGGCCCCGGCUGCUGCCCCUCUCGCCGCCGCCGUCGACGCCGUCUAUUCAGAUUCGGAAUCGACUUUAUUCGAUGUCACUGCUUCCGCUUCGAAAGGCCCGAUGCAUGGGAAGACGCGAGGCUUCUCUAGCAAGUAACUACACGCAGACAUCGGAGUUUGCUGAUUUGGAUUGGGAGAACCUUGGUUUUGGACUCGUGCAAACUGACUAUAUGUAUACUACAAAAUGCGGGCCAGAUGGGAACUUUGACAAGGGUGGGAUGGUGCCGUUUGGGCCGAUAGAAAUGAACCCAGCAUCCGGAGUCCUGAAUUAUGGACAGGGAUUGUUCGAAGGCCUAAAGGCGUAUAGAAAAACUGAUGGCUCCAUCCUGUUGUUUCGCCCAAUGGAAAAUGCAAUGAGGAUGCAAACUGGUGCCGAGAGGAUGUGCAUGCCUGCACCUCCUGUUGAGCAAUUUGUGGAUGCAGUAAAACAAACCGUUUUAGCAAACAAGAGAUGGGUGCCUCCUACCGGUAAAGGUUCUUUGUACAUUAGGCCACUACUUGUGGGAAGUGGGGCUGUUCUUGGUCUAGCACCUGCUCCUGAGUACACAUUCCUUAUUUUUGCCUCCCCUGUUGGGAACUACUUCAAGGAAGGAUUAGCGCCAAUAAAUUUGAUAGUUGAAGACAAGUUUCAUCGGGCCACCCCUGGUGGAACUGGAGGUGUUAAGACCAUUGGGAAUUAUGCCUCGGUCUUGAUGGCACAGAAGAUUGCAAAGGAGAAAGGUUAUUCUGAUGUUCUCUACUUGGAUGCUGUUGAGAAAAAGUAUCUUGAAGAAGUAUCUUCGUGUAAUAUUUUUGUUGUGAAGGGCAAUGUUAUUUCAACUCCAGCAAUAAAAGGAACAAUAUUGCCGGGCAUCACAAGGAAAAGUAUAAUUGAUGUUGCUCUGAGUAAAGGCUUCCAGGUUGAGGAGCGGCUUGUGUCGGUGGAUGAGUUGCUCGAUGCCGACGAAGUGUUCUGCACGGGGACCGCCGUCGUAGUGUCUCCCGUAGGUAGCAUUACAUAUCAAGGGAAAAGGAUAGAGUAUGCUGGCAACCAAGGAGUCGGCGCGGUGUCUCGGCAACUGUACACCUCGCUGACAAGCGUCCAGAUGGGCCAGGUGGAGGACCCCAUGGGCUGGACCGUGCAACUGAAUUAG